GUUAGGUGAACUUUAGGAGGUGAACCCCUGCCUGUCUGCGCGCUUAGUCAUCGUAGCUACCUCAGCUCUGCAGGUUAGGUGGGCAAGGCUGCAAGCUUGACGCGUGCGUCUUAACCUCAGCUCUAUUGUCAGUUACAAGGCAACACCAGAUCAACAUCAUCAAUCACCAACUCCGAAUUCCAUCAUCUCUGCGCAUCAAGAAAGAUCACCAAGACCUUACUUAAACCUUCCGUCACAUAGACCGUAAUCAUGGCUGCCAUGUUCAGCCAGAACCCUCUGAUGAAUGGGCCCAACUAUUCAUUCUCCGAUGCCCCCAAGGCCAACAGCGGCGAGUUUCGAGAACAUCGAUUUAACCCCUACACCGACAAUGGCGGCUCGACUCUUGCCAUUGCUGGCGCAGACUUUACCAUCAUGGCUGGUGACACCCGCCACACCAGCGGUUAUAGCAUCAACUCUCGUAUGUCCCCCAAGGUCUUCCGAAUCGGCGGCACCACUGCCUCUCAGGAGGAUGCUACACUAGUCCUAUCUGUCGUCGGCUUCGCUGCUGAUGGUGAGGCCCUCCGCGACCACCUCGACACCAUCUGCAAGAUCUACCGUUACCGCCACGGCAAGCCUAUGACUGUCAAUGCUUGUGCCAAACGCCUCUCUACCGUUCUCUACUCGAAGCGAUUCUUCCCCUACUACUCGCAUGCGAUGCUCGGCGGUCUGGAUGAGGAGGGCAGAGGCGCUGUGUACUCAUACGAUCCCGUGGGGAGCUACGAACGGGAGCAGUGCCGAGCAGGCGGUGCUGCGGGCAGUCUGAUCAUGCCUUUCCUGGACAACCAGGUCAACUUCAAGAACCAGUAUAUUCCCGGAAGCGGAGAAGGCCAUGAGCUGAAGGAGCGGGAGCGACGUCCUCUUACACGAACAGAGGUCGAGACUGUCGUCAAGGAUGCAUUCGAUGGUGCGGUGGAGCGUCACAUUGAGGUUGGUGAUAACCUUCAAAUGCUCAUCAUCACAGCAGACGGUAUUGAGGAGACUUUCUUGCCCUUGAAGAAGGAUUAGAUGGCAGGAAAGGCGAAAGAGGAAUGUAUAACAGGGGAUUACUUAGACGCCACGAAAUCAAUGAGCCUUCCUUACGGUCAACUGCGGGGCAUAAUUGUGGUGUGAUGAAUAUGAAUAUGAUACCGAGUCGCUUCAACGACAAAAGAGAACGUCACGCUCCACGAAUUGCAAACUAAUAGGUGACCUGUGAGGCUUCAGGAUGCAAAGGUCUUACUUAACUUGGGAUGUUAGGUUUUAUAAUUACUUUCGGCGACACUGAGCUCUGCAGACCGCACAUCACCUAUGCACUGGAUAUGAGGAAGAUUUCCCCAACGCCACUGAAGCCAUCGUGUUCGAUCAAACAUUCACACAGAUCACGGGCACCUAGAUCACUUAUUGGCACUAUGCGAUUGCAGUUUUAAUUUUCUGACUCGGGGUGUUAGCUAAAGGUAUGCCAGGUUCAAGUUACCUUGUAUUUGUAUCAAUUGGCCUUCAACUCUAACUGCCCGACACCUAACUUGCUGUGUUGACGGCUUGGAAAACAAGCGAUGGUAUGACGGCGAUUUAACCUUAUAACUAAGGUUCGAAGCAGUUGUAACGGCAUACUCAAAGUACGCUUUAAUCAUUGAGAGGUUCAAUGGGCAUACCAAUACUCAAGCGUCUUAUCAGCAUACUCAGCCAGUGGUUUCAAGACCACCCUGAAAGAGAUGAACUAUUCUCUUCACCGAGCACUGGUGCUUGUUUGUGAAUGAGUUAUCAGCUGUACCACAGCUAUUCACCCUCACUACUCUUGGACGACAUUUUCGUAAGUCUGGCAUGGCCAUGUAUUGCUUUUCUC